AUGAACAGCGUAUACGUCCUUCUUUUCUCUUGUUCUGUCGUUUCUUUCGGCUUGGCCAAGCCGACUGCACCUAUCCUGGGCUAUCAGGACAGUUACGGCCAGUACAGUUUUGGCUAUAGUGCUCCAGGCUCUGCAAGGUCGGAAAUCAGAACGUUGAAUGGCGAAACACGAGGUGUUUACAGUUACGUCGAUGACGCAGGCUUUAUUCAAACAACCCAGUAUACUGCUGACAGCAAAAAUGGCUUCCGGGUAGCGGCUACCAAUUUACCCCAGGCGCCACUUCCGGCACAAAACACGCAAGGCGUGAUCUUGGCUCGAACUGAAGCUCCUCAAGUAUCUGAAAUAGCGCAGGAAGAAUAUAAAAUAGGGGAAAAGAAUGUAUUUUUGCAAGGAUUGCAACAAUUAGAGAGGAAGUCUAUCGAGUCGAAUGAAAAAGAGCAGUCGCAAACCAACAUAAUGGAGUCUGAAGGGCAAUCGUCGCAGAAUAAAAAUGCUGAGAUUUCAGUCAAAUCAGCGGCCAGCCCAAUUACGUCUAAAAUAAUCAAACAGACCGCGAUACCUGUCUUCCAAAUUCCCCAAGGAAAUCUCUUGAUUGAUCCAUACUCUAUACAAGCACCAAUAAACGUCGAAGGUUCUUCUAAAACUUCUGCGAGCGCUACUCCAAAGAUCAAUGAACAACAGUCUGUUCAAAAUAACGAACAGAUUAACACGAAAGAAUUGCCUGCAUCAAUGAAGGAACAAGCAGAAUCAGAAAAACAAGAUAAAUCAACUGAUCUACCCAAAGACGCAAUCGCACCUCUUAACAUUUUACCUCUGAGUUCAAAUUAUCAACCUACUCUUAUCAAAUAUUCUGCCAUUCCCACUUUUCAUUAUGUUGUUUACAGCAUAUAA